GCCCUAAUUCAUUAAUCUCAGUUGAUUCCAGUUCUCACCUCCGGCCGUCGUUUCUUCUCUCUCUCCGCCUCAAAAUAUUGCCUUUCUUUCUGCGCUUCUGAAUGGUGGAACAAAAUAAGGCUCACGAAGAAGAUUGAAGGAGACGCAACUAUUUUCUCCGGUAAUUUUUGAGUUUAUUUAAUUUAUUUUUUCCUAGUUCAUUUUUAAUGGAGGGAGAUGUGAGAGCUCGCUGCCUUUACUAGGCUUGAGUGUUCGGCAAUAGCGGAGCCAUGUUGCAGUCAAACCGAAAGCUAUUUAUUUCUACGAAAGAGUUUUAGUGGAGUUUUAGCUUCUGCCAUCACUACCGUAUGGAGUUCUUCUGGAGUUGUUUCAUUUUAAAUGUUGUACAACUGGAUUAAGAUAUUGGAAGCUUUUAAUUCCGAUUGUUUAAACUGAGAGUUGUGGGCAGAUCCAGUUUGGGAAAAGAGAUGAAUGCAAGCAAUAAUGCAUCUUCUCAGAGCAAAAGCGAGGAGGGAACUUCAGCUAGGACAAGACCUUUCACAUGUGCUGAAAUUAUGCUUAGACGGAAAAACAAGAAAGAUAUUGAGGAAAUCAAGGAUAGUUCUGUAGGUGCUGCUGUUGUAUUAGAUAAAGAAAACUCUGUCAACAGGACUUUUGAUAGUUUGGGAUCUGACAGGUAUUGUGAUGUUUCCAUACCAAGUAGUGUGAGGCAUAAUUCAAAGGAUUCUCAGUUAACUUCCAGAAGGGAAGAAGGUGAUGAUAAGGCAAGGAAAGUUGCAAGGUUCAAGAAAAAAGAAAUUAGAGAGCCAGAAACCAAACGGGAGGAGGCAGUUAGCAAUGAUACAAGUGGCAAGAAUAUAAGUGGAUAUAAAAUGGAUAGAGCUCCUCAUGGUGGGAGGAGAAAGGAUGAUAAGUCUAAUGAUGGUUCCAAAAAUAAACAUGGUAACAGACAUGUAAAUGAUUUGGCCAGGAAGGACAUAUUGACUGACAAAGGUAGUAAAAUAUAUGAGAAGGAAAGAAAAGAAAAACAUCAUGAUAAGGACAGCAGACAGGUGUACAGGAAGAGAACAAAUGAUGAAUUGCCAAGUAAUGCUUCUGAGGAUGAAUCUGAGAAGAGACAUUCAAGAAAUUAUUCAAGUACAAAUAGGUAUAAAGACAAAAACAAAGAAAAAUCCAAAAAAGAAACCAAAAGAAAACACCAACAUGAAGAUGAAGAGAAAGCUAAGGACAGGAAUGCUGAUAAAAAACAUGAUUCAUCAUCAAAACUAAGAAUUUCUGAGUUUCCAGAAAAGAAGGAUUCAAAGCGAUCCCAUCAUGAAGAUUUAAGGCCAAAAAGAAGACGAUCAAGGAGCAAAGAGCGUGAUAAAGAAAGUCAUAGAAAGUCCCGCUCACCUUCUCCAAAGGCACACAAGCAUUCAUCACAUGAUGUCAGAGAUCGUACUGAAUCCUACUCACAUUCUGCAAAAGAUAAAUCUGGAAGAUCAAAUUCUGAUUUUGAUAAGAAGAGGAUAUCCAACAAUGGUGAAACUGGUCAUUAUAAGCGGCAUUCAGGGGCAGCAAGUGGGCUUGGUGGCUAUUCACCAAGAAAGAGGAAAUCAGAAGCUGCUGCUAAAACUCCAUCUCCAACUAGCCGCUCUCCAGAAAGGAGAAUUGCAGGCUGGGAUCUCCCACCUGCAGCAACAGAGAAAAAUAUUCCUGCUCCUGUUCUUUCUAGUGUGCCAUCUUCUUCACAGUCAGUAUCAUUGAGCACGCUCGAGUCAUUUGUAGUGGCUCCUGGCAGUCUGUUUGCAACAAAACCUGCUGUGUUUUUCCAAAAUAGUUAUCCUCCAUUAGUGCAUGCUGUUGAAUCAAUCCAGCUAACACAAGCAACGCGGCCUAUGAGAACGCUUUAUGUAGAAAACUUGCCAAAUUCAGCAUCUGAUAAAGAUGUUAUGGAAUGCAUCAAUAAAUUUCUGCUGUCCUCAGGUGUCAACCGUAUUCAAGGAACACAGCCCUGUAUUAGCUGUAUGAUACACAAGGAGAAAGCCCAAGCUCUCCUAGAAUUUUUGACACCUGAGGAUGCUUCUGCUGCACUUUUCUUUGAUGGGAGAUCCUUCUGUGGCUCAAUUCUUAAGAUCAGGCGUCCUAAAGAUUUUGUUGAAGUGGGAACUGGUGUUGCAGAAAAUUCAGUGGCUGCAGUUGAUAGGAUAAGUGAUGCUGUAAUGGAUUCACCUCAUAAGAUUUUUAUAGGUGGAAUCUCAGAAGUCAUUUCAUCUGAAAUGCUUAUGGAGAUUGCUAAAGCCUUUGGACAUCUGAAAGCAUACCGCUUUGUGUUGAAUGGAGAUCUUAAUGAACCAUGUGCUUUUCUUGAGUAUGUUGACCAUUCAGUUACUGCUAAAGCUUGUGCUGGUCUUAAUGGAAUGAAAUUGGGUGGAAAAGUACUAACAGUUGUUCAAGCUAUUCCAGAUGCUUCACUUGUGGGAAAUGUUGAGAAUCGUCCUUACUAUGGGAUUCCAGAGCAUGCAAAGCCACUUUUGGAAAGUCCCACGGAAGUACUGAAGCUGAAAAAUGUGUUUGAUCCUAUGGGAUUGUCAGAACAAGAACUUGAAGAAAUGAUGGAAGAUAUUAGGCUAGAAUGUGCCAGGUUUGGUACUGUGAAAUCUAUUAAUGUCACAAAGCAGCAGAGCAAAUGCCCCCCCACAUUGGAAACUGUUGAAGCAAUAGGCAAUGGAACUCUUACCAAGAAUGAUCACAAGACUGAUCGAGUAGAAUCAUUUCAAGAAAGUACUCAUUUUGAGUUAGAAGAAGCUGGCAGAUUGCCACCUCUCAAGACUAAUGAAGAGCCCAUGAAAGCACAUUCGAGCAAGAGGUCAUGUGAUGAUAAAGCAGGCAUAACCGAACCUUCACACGGUUCUGUGGAAGAUGGAGAUGCCAGUAAGCUUGGUGACAAUCCUAUUCAGGAUAAACCUGCAGAAUGCCUUGAACUAGCGGCUGAUCAUAGUAAUGACUCUGUUUCAGAGCUAAACUCCCGUGAAAAUUCCCUGGUCAUUUCUGGCAAUGCCGCUAAGGAUCAAGUGGAAAUCAUUAAUAGAGUUGAUAGUACGAGUGCUGCAAAUGAUUUUAAAUCAAAUGAAUACGACGGGAAGUUAGAGGCUUCUUCUGAUGAAUUGGAAUCAUCCUUGAAAAAGGAUUCGGAUGCUCCUCCUGCAGACAAAGAAAUAAAGGAAACGGAUCAUAAUCUCGACCAUAUCUUUGAGCCCGGCUGUGUUCUAAUAGAGUAUACAAGAGCAGAAGCUUCAAGCAUGGCUGCACAUUGUUUACAUGGUCGAGUCUUUGACGAUCGAAUUGUGAGCGUGGAAUACGUCCCGCACGAUCUGUACCUGAAGAAGUUUUGCAGGUAGGCGAUUUUUGUGAAUUCCAUUGGUUUUGCUCUCAGUCACCUGCAGUCUUAGAGGCUGGGAGGGAUGAACACAGUUGUAAUAUGCUUGGGAGUAGCUACUGAAAUUAGAUGCUUUAUUUUAACCUCACUCUACUCAUUACAGAAUAUAUGGCGGCAGUGUGUUGGUUUUAGUCUGGGUUUGAACUAACUUACUGUACAAAAUCCAGCCUGACAUAGGAACCAAAUGCAAAUGGGAUGGCUCUUUCAUUUUCCUUUGCAUAAAUUCUUAUUUCCUAAGCAAUUGAAUACAAUUUACAAAUU